AUGGUAUUUAUAAGAAGCCUACUGGACACCAUUGAAUUUAUAAUCCUAUUAAUCUACUACCUCUUUGAGGCCUUUGUUUUGAAGUUUUUUUGUAUUAAAAAAAAUGUUACUGGGCAAAUAGUGCUUGUUACAGGAUCAGCUAAAGGAAUUGGAAGAGAAAUUGCUUUAAGUUUUGCCCGGCUUGGUGCCAUUCUUGUUCUCUGGGACAUCAACGAAGAUGACAACAAAGAGACAAGUGAGCUUGUUGAAUCGAAUGGAGCUCUAGCUGUUUAUACCUACAAGUGUGAUGUCAGUGACAGGGAAGAAAUUUACAGAGUAGCAGAGCAGGUUAAAAAAGAAGUUGGAAAUGUAAAUAUUCUAAUCAACAAUGCAGGCAUCCUUAAUGGGAAGGAUUUCCUUGAUCUUCAGGAUGCUGAUAUGGAAAAAACUAUUGCAGUGAACACAGAGGCACAUUUUUGGACCUGUAAAGCCUUUCUGCCAGCUAUGAUUGCCUGCAACGAUGGACAUUUGGUUUCGAUUUCAAGUGGGGCAGCAUUGGUUGGUGCUGUUAAACUCUCUGACUACACUGCACGUAAAGCUGCAGCAUUUGGCUUUUUGGAGACUGUUUCAUUUGAAUUAUGGGCUUCAGGGAAGAAAGGCAUCAAAACCACCAUUGUUUGUCCUGGCUUUGUGGAUACACAACUAACUACUGGUUUAACAAUCAAGAGACCACUUCUAUUUCCUCAUAUGGAUGUAGCAUAUACAGGCAAGUGGAUUGUGGAUGCUAUUCUGAAAGAGAAAUUUUAUGCCUUCAUGCCAGCAUCGCAGCGAUUCAUUCCUCUAAAAUUGUUUCUUCCCAGAAAAGCAGUUUGUCUCCUUGUUGAUUAUCUUGGACUCUUCAAUGCCUUUGACCGGUACAGGGCUCCUGUUCAAAAUGAGGAGAACACACAUGAUGAGCAUAAACUAAGCCAAUGA